UUCCGAGUGAAAGGUCGUUCAAUUAUUUCAAGAUGGCUGUCCCCUCGCAUAUGGCAACCUCUGAGCUGUACUGCUGGGAAGGCGAUUGGGGUUUACCAUCUGUCGACACUGAGUGUUUAAUUGUAUUGGCUUAUGCAAAGUUUGCAGGCGCACCCCUCAAACUUCACAAGAUCGGCAACCCCUGGAGAAGUCCCACCGGCUCCCUGCCUGCCCUGAAGACCAGCGAGAAUGGGAGCCUCUCUCGGCCCAGUGACAUCAUCAUCCACCUCAGGAAACAGAAAUACAAUGCCGACUUUGACCUGUCUGCCAAAGAGGGAGCAGACACUCUGGCCUUCAUCUCACUCCUGGAGGAAAAACUGAUGCCAGCUCUGGUCUAUACUCGGUGGAUUGACCCUAAGAACUAUGUGGAGGUGACUCGGCGUUGGCACGCGGAACACGCCCCAUUCCCUCUGAACUUCUUCCUGCCCGGCAGCAUCCAGCGCCAGCAGCUGCAAAGGCUGAGGCUGGUCAGGGGAGACGAAGAGUUGACAGCAGGGGAGGAGGUGGAGAAGGAGCUGUACCGCGAUGCUAUGGAGUGUAUGAACCUUAUCUCGCAGAGGCUGGGCUCAAACAAGUUCUUCUUCGGAGACUCACCUUCAUCUCUGGAUGCUUUUGUCUUUGGCUACUUGGUGCCCAUCCUGAAGAUGAAACUGCCCAAUGCAAGACUCCAGCAGCACCUCAAGUCACUGGACAACCUGAGCCACUUCUGCUCCAACAUCCUGGCGCUCUACUUCCCCAGCGAGGGACGAGAAGGUAUCAGUCGCAAGGUGUCCUCCCAGCCUGAAGGGGGUGACGCUGACAACGAGCCUGGUAAGAGGCGCAAGCAGCUGCUGUCGGUCCUGGUUGCCCUGGGCGCCAUGUUGAGCUACGCCCUCCUCACAGGCAUUGUGGCUAUUCAACACGUCCAGCAGGAGGCACUAGACCAUCGUUCCCCAGGUCUCAGGUCACUCUCCUCCCACGGGGAAGAGGAGGAUGGGGAGGAGGAGGGCUGAGGAUGGGGAGGAGGAGACGGCCGCAAAUCAAAACUGAUCUCCUGUCUCUAUUCCUAAUUCUUCGUUGACGCUCCCUCAGCAGUCUGGAAUGACUGGAAAGGUGUUAACCAAUAUGGCAGAAACUCCAGUUAGCCUUCUAGACUAGGUGGAAUGUUUACUCUACUGCUGAUGCCUCAACAAUCCCUUCAGAUCCUGGAGGAGGAGUCAAUAGGAAGAAGGGGCAAGGGGUUGGUGUUUGAUUGGGCCAGAGCCGUAGAGUACGAUGAAGAGGAGGAGCAGCACUGUGGGAAUAUACAUUAAGAUGCUUCAACAUGCACCAAGAGUGCUUCGAUGUCUUACUUGGAGAAUGUUUGGAUGUUUUCUCUGCUUUAUUUUGACUCUGCCAUUGCACGAUAAUCAUAGAUCCAAAUCAUGACGUUGCUUUGCUUUUCUCAAUUUCUUGGUGCUUUAUCUAAUCCAACUGAUUAUACUUUUGUGUGUAAAUUAUAUUAUUGAGGGAACAAAUCCCAGGUAGCAUUUGUGAAAAUUGAAUUGUUACUGAAUUCUUAGUAGCAUUAGCACAUUCUUUCUGAACACUUGCCAAAAUAAUCACAAUCUCCACCACAGUAAACAGUGUGUGAGGUCUCUAGAUGUUUAAUAAUUUCAACAGAGGAAAUAAAGGGGUGACUUCUUGAUGUAUAUCCUUUUCAUAUUAUUGCUUGUCAGGCUGAGAACUGUUUUAUAAUUUUUCACCUACCAUGGAUUUGAGGGCCAAGCCUGAAGUUUGGGGCAUUUAAAUGUUUCUGGGCCGAUUCAAAAUCUUGUGGAAAUUGCCCUCCCCAGUGCAAUUUGUGUGCUAUCGUGAAGACUGUGCUGGCCCUAUUCCUGCAGCAAGUCAAAAUAUCAUUCAAUAAAAGAAACAGGGAAGUUCAAUAAAUCACUUUUAAUGUUCCAAUACAUCUGUUCGCUGUGUAAAGGCUUCCCCUGCUUUAGGAUGAUAGGCUACUGUUGAUCUCUAGCCAUACAGGGUUACAUUAUUGUCUAAUUCAGAGUUGCAAGAAACUCAUUGACUUUCUAUUUUUCAAUUUCUUAAAGGUAGCCUGUUGGAGAUAAAUAAUUUAUGGUAUGUAAAUUUGUAAUGCAAGAGUUAACCUUAUUCAAUCUUGUUUUGAGGGCAGAACUAAUGUUACACACAGGUUGCCAUACACCUUAACCCUAAAUUUAACCAAUCACAUUUCUUUCCUAAACUUAAUCUAAACCCUGAACCUGCCUAACCUUAACCAAUUGGGAUUACUUGCCUAAUCUUAACCAAACACAUUCAAAGCUACCCUCAGAACCCGAUACAAUAAAUAUAUGCCAAAAUGAGGAUGUGGGGUUUAAAGAUGAGGAUGGUCCCAUAUUGAGGGGAACACCUGUAGCAUGAAUAUAUAGCACACAUUUUUUAUAGUGUGAAUAGGAGUUGAAAAACCAAACUGUAAAUAUAUUCAUGUGGGUUUUAUUUUCAUGGUUGAAUAAAUGGGUCACAAACAUA